AUGAUGUCAACAACAGAAGGCGAGUUGGACGUUGAAGUUCCUCUGGACAGGGAAGAAGGGGAGUUGGUGGAUUCGGAUGUGGAAGAGGGUACUUACAAACCUCUGGCGAGGCCUGAGGCGUUCAACCCUCCUUCGUUAGUGCAUAUGCAGAUACAGGAUGAGCAGAGCGACGAGGGGUCGCCGCGGGAGUCAUCAGGGUCGGAAUCUGAUGAUGAGCCGCGGCGCCGCGCCAAGCGGACCAAGCUGAGGCCACGCCGUCCUCCACCACAACCAGAUAAGAAGGACAAGUACAACAUUUGGUGCAAGGCUUUACAGGAAGACUUGUUAACAGAAGACAUGGUGAGCUGUGAUGUAUCAAAGAAGAGCAGAUAUGGCGUCGAGUCUUAUGAUUAUACUAUUAAGUAUAGAUUAGAUGAUAACUUUAUUAAUAAGAAAAAAAUAUUCACUAAUAACGAUGACUAUGAUGAUAGUGAACGAGUUUCUAAUAAACGGAGACAUGAGGAUAGAUCUAAUGUGAAACUAAGGCUUGGGAAGCGAGAUAGUAGUCACAAUCGUAAUGAUAAACUGAAGCCUCGGAUUCUGGGGGACCUGGUCGUUAGUGCGGAAGAUACUGCGGAACAUAUAGCUGACGAAAUAGCUAAUAAUUUGUCAGAAGAUAAAAAGGAUUUAGUUGGUCGUAUUGUACAAGUAGUUGGUGCUAACAAGGCUAUAGAAAUAUAUAAAGAAACACAAAAAUUAGAGGCGGAUGGUGGUAUGCUUGUUAUGAACGGUACGCGUCGCCGGACGCCAGGGGGCGUGUACUUCUUCCUACUGAAGCGUGACGGUGAUGUGUCACAGGAGAUGAUCAACCAGAUCUUCAACGAGGACCGCAAGGAGACGCAGCGCAAGAUUAAGCGAGCGCGAGCCAAGAGCCGUCAGACUGUCAUGGAACAGCUCAAACAGAGCCUCACAGAUUCGGAGCUGCCGUCGUUGUUAUCACGUGGCGAGGCGACAGUGCAGUCGGAGCACGGCUCGAACCCGCCGCCGUCGCCCGCGACAGACGCGCGCGACUGCUCGAGCGAUACAGACGCGCCAUGCGAUGCUCCGCCGCGCUCACCACGCGACUACGAUGACGACGACUUCCUCGAAGUCAUGUGUAACGAUGACAUGGACAUGUUCUAG